GUGGUGUCGCUCCUCCGACAACGACAGAAAUCCAGGAAACAAGGCGGGGGAUGGGGUGCGCGAUGGCCGUCUACCCUCGCGCGCUGCGAAAUGUUGAGUCGCUGGCCCUCCAACGCAGGGUCGUCCAUUCCCUGGACCGCACUGUCCCUUGGUAUUUGGGGUGCUCUGCCCGCAUGUGGAAUGGGUUAUCGUCACUGCCGUCGCAUGGAGGGGUGUGCUGGAGGCCGUCUGGGCGGGAUCCGCGCGCCGAGGGAGGGGAAAUGUCACCUCUUUUGGUUCUCGACUGCACGCAAGGCCACGCCUGGGGUUUCAGUUGUGCUGCGCGGGAAGCUCAACAUCACCCGCGCAAGACGAUCCCUGGCAACUUCCUCUCAAGCGUUGUGGCAGUUCGCUUUCGUUCACGGGCUGUGCGCAUCCGACCGUCAGCGAAUGGCGCCACGUGGCCAACAGAAGGCGAAACGUCCACACGGUGGUUCCAGCGAAGCAGGUGCAGGGCAAACAGGAAGGGGCCACGUCCCAAAGUCGAAGAAGCUCUGCGCGAGAGAGGGGUCGGAAGGCGAGAUGGGGGGUGACGGGGGAGAGGAGGUGACGCCUAUGGACAUCACUUCUGCAGGGACGCCUGCGCUCGGGUUCGGGCGAGACGGUGUGAGCAGGCAGCGUAUGCUUGCGCUCACCAACCUUGGCGUCCUCACAUCCACGCGCGGUGGCGGUGGCGGGACGGCUCGUGCGCAAGGAGUUCUGUUCGGUGACAUUCCGCCGCAGAGGUCCGUGGGUUCUGCAUCUACCAUCGCAUUCGUGUCCGAGCGCGGCGAUAAAGCUCCGGUCGGUGAGUCUCCAUCGCGCCACGUGGAGGCGUCGAACCCGACGAUCGUCGCCGUUUCGCCGAGGGCUGUGCAUCAAUCCGCACAAGCAGCGAGCGUCGCUGGCCAUGCCGCCGCCCUCGGUACUAGAGAAAGGCAAGAAGAUCGGAGGGUGGAAGAGGCGGGGAGAAAACAGGAGAGGAGGGAGGAGAGUCCGCGUGGGGAAGAAGAGGACGACCAGCCUCUGAGCGCGAGGAAGAAAUGGUCCCGCCAAGAAGAGGAGUUGGAGGCGCAAUCGAAGCUAUGGGUAGACGGCAAAGCGUUCUAGGCAACCGGUCCCGAACAGAUGAUCGCGGACGCGGUGCAUUCCUACGUGGACUACUUCUGCGCGAUCGUCAAUGGAGAUGCAGGCGCCAGCG